GUGGGAUAUUCAAAUAAUAGACGAUACUAAUACAGCAUACUGUUACAUUUCUAGAUAUCUAUGAUUUUCCCAGUUUUAGGAUUACAAAGGAAGAAUGACUGAAACAUGAGUUUUCGAACAAAUCUCUACCUUAAUAUCAACAAAGAACAAUGGCCUAUUGUGUAUAGAAGAGAAUACAAUGUUAAUUUCAUGGGACUAGAAAAAUUACACCCGUUUGAUGCACGGAAGUGGAAAAAUAUUUACAAGAUAUUGAAGCAAAGUGGUUUGAUAGAUAAAAAGACUGUAGUCGUGCCAAAUGAAGCAACUGAAGAAGAUUUACUAAUGGUGCAUACGAAGAAAUAUUUGAAACGUUUGAAAUGUAGUUUACAUGUAGCACAAAUCGCAGAAAUUUUAGCGCUCAUUCCAGUUCCAAAUUAUUUCAUUCGGCGUGCCUAUUUGAAGCCUAUGAGAUAUCAGACUGGUGGUUCUAUACUUUCUGGAAAGUUAGCUUUGGAUCGAGGUUGGGCUAUUAACUUAGGAGGUGGUUUUCAUCACUGUUCGGCCUCACGUGGAGGCGGAUUUUGCGCAUAUGCUGAUAUCACCUUACUCAUAAAAUUUCUUUUUUAUCACUUUCCGAGAAAGGUGCAACGAGUCAUGAUAAUUGAUUUAGAUGCACAUCAAGGUAAUGGGUAUGAACGUGACUGCAGAGAUAAUGCAAACGUUUAUAUCAUGGAUGUUUAUAACAAAUGGAUUUAUCCUAAGGACAAAGAAGCUGAAAAAGCGAUACAAAGAAAAGUGUUAUUAGACUUCUACACUGAAGAUGAAGACUACUUAAGAAUUGUAAAACGUCAACUCAAAGAAGCGUUGAGCGAGUUUGAACCCCAACUGAUUAUAUACAAUGCGGGUACGGAUAUUCUUCAGGGAGAUAGGUUGGGAGGAUUAUCAAUUUCGGAAAAGGGAAUCAUUAUGAGAGACGAAAUUGUUUUUAGAGAAGCUUUCUCCAGAAAAAUUCCUAUAGUGAUGUUGACCAGUGGUGGAUAUUUGAAGAAAACCGCUCGAAUAAUUGCCAGUUCUAUUAUGAAUCUUUAUAGAGAAGGGUUGAUAUAUGGUUCACAGGAAUAUUACUUCUGAUUGCAUUUUGAUUUGUUGUACAAAACUUGUAACUUCUUAUGAUAAUAUAAUAAAUAUUAGUUGUUGAUUA